AUUAUACCGAUGGGUUGUGGAUCAAGUAAAGGAGAGGAAGUUGAUAAUCCAAACAAAAGUAGUGAAAUAUAUACUAUGGAAUAGUAAAGGAUGUGGCUCAUUUUAAAAUAUCAUCUUCAGGUAUGGUGUCAGAAAAACAUGGAUUAAUUACAAAUGAUUACACUCUCUUGAAACCUCCCAUCGGAAAGGGUAUAUAUAAAAAGUAAAUGUAAGGGGCUUAUGGUGAAGUGAGAAAAGGUGUGCAUAAAGUCACAAAUUAAAUAAGAGCCAUAAAAGUGAUUUCAAAGGAAAAAGCAAGCAAGAUGGAAGUUGAAAGAUUGAGAAUAGAAAUAGAAAUUCUGAAGAGAUUGGUAAUGAUAAAUGUAUAGAUAGGAUCAUCCAAAUAUAAUUAAGAUUUAUGAGUUCUAUUAGGAUAGUAAAAAUAUCUAUAUUGUGACUGAAUUAUGCACAGGAGGAGAACUGUUUGACAAGAUAUAGGAAUAACAAUCUUUUUCAGAAAGGAAAGCAGCUGAAACUCUCAAAUAGAUAUUGAGUGCUGUAAAUUACUUACAUAAAAGUAAAAUAGUGCACAGGUAAAGGAUUAAUGUGAUUUGAUAUAGAGAUCUUAAACCUGAGAAUAUUCUCUAUGAGUCUACCAAACCAUAAGCUUUAUUAAAAAUAGUGGAUUUUGGUACAAGUCGUAUGUUUGAAUAGGGUUACAAAAUGAAUUAAAAACUAGGAACAGUAAUUAAGUGAUAAUUAAAUUUAGCCAUAUUAUAUAGCACCUGAAGUAUUGGAAAGAAAAUAUGAUGAAAAAUGUGAUGUAUGGUCUUGUGGUGUAAUUUUAUACAUUUUACUUUGUGGAAUUCCUCCUUUUAAUGGCGAAGAGGAUGAAGAGAUAUUAGAUUCUGUAAGAGAAGGUCAAUUAACAUUUGAUGGAGAAGAAUGGAAUUAAAUAUCAUAUGAAGCUAAAUUAUUAAUAACUAAAAUGUUAGAAAGAGAUCCUAAGAGAAGAAUCAGUGCUGAAUAAGCAUUGAGAGAUCCUUGGAUAACUACUUAUGUUAAAAAAACAGAAAUGGAUUUACCUUAAUUAACUAAAGUUUUGAAUAAUCUAAGAAAUUUUAGAGUGGAAAAGAAAUUCUAAGAAGCAGCAUUAACAUUUAUGGUUAAUUAAAUGGCUACUAGUUAAGAAAAAUAAGAAUUACUUUAAUAAUUUUAAGCCUUAGAUUUAAAUGGAGAUGGUAGAUUAUCUAAAGAUGAAUUGAUUUUAGGUAUUAAUCAUUUAUAUUUUAUUCUAGGCUAUGCAAAAGUUAUGAGUUAUACUGAUGCUGAAUUAGAAGUUACUAAAUUGAUGAAAUAAAUUGAUUAAGAUAAAAAUGGAAGUAUAGAUUAUUCAGGUUUUUAUAUAAUUAUUUAUCAAUUAGAAUUUGUUUUAGCUACUUUUAAUAAAGUUAAAUUAUUAGAAGAUAAAAGAUUAGAAUAGGCCUUUAGAUUAUUUGAUAAAGAUGGAAGUGGAUCAAUAUCUAUAGAUGAAAUCAAAGGAAUUUUUGGUUCAGAUGAAACAGCUGUUAGUGAUGAAGUAUGGAAAGAGUUGUUAGCAGAAGUUGAUGCCAAUGGAGACGGAUCUGUAAUUAUAAUCUUACUACUUUUAUUAGAUAAGUUUUUAAGAAUUCAAAGAAAUUAUUGUUAAAGCUAUCAAUGUUAGUUAUUCAGAUUAAAAACCAAUAAAAUGA